AUGACCGACCAGGCUGCGACGUCUGGCGAAGGCAGUCCCAAGACGCCUAUGAUCGACCAAACGCCGAAAGACACGCCGCCGCGCUCGCCAGGUGUCGAAUCGGAGCACAGCGGCUCGUCAGCGUCCUCGACGAAACAGGCGCUGUCUCCCCUUCCCGCCGAGGUCUUCCUCAACGUGCUCACCUUCCUCCAGCCUGACGACCUGGCCCGCCUAACUCGCGUCUCGUCGGCCUGGCGUACCGUCAUCAAUAACGAGCCGCGACUCUGGUCGACGCUUAGCGUUGCCCUGGACGACGACAAGGACAUGCAGAAGGCCUCGUACACUUGCCUGCGCGCGUGCGGCAAGAACAGCGGUCGGAGCGGGGCUGGAGGCAUUCGCAGCCUCGUCGUGCGGCUACGGUACAUUGAGGAUCAGCGUGGCAUGUGUGGCGAUAUCAUCCCAUACGAGAUGGUCAAGCUGCGACUUCGGGAUCUCUUCAAGGCCGUGGCUUGGGCGUCUGUGCGUCGCCAUGACCAGGUGCACGCCCUCAUGCCGUUCGGCCCUCCUGCGACAUCGACAUCAACUCUACGGCGACUCCUUCUCCUCCUGCAUCCGAACACCAUCGCGUCCGCAUAUGCGCUCCACGAGGUCGCUGAAUGGGCGGCUGAGCCUCUCUUCUCCGCCGUGAGCGAGGUGACCGUGCACGCCGCGCUACCCGACUUUAUCCUCGGCGAACGGGUCCUCUCGAUGUUCCCGACUGCGUCGACGCUCGACGUGACGGUCCGGAUGAACGGCCGUCCUUGCCAGAGCGUUCCCGUGGGCGAAUGGACUUGGCAGCCAAGGCGCAGCGUCCAGCCCGUUCAGGCGCUUCCUUCGCUUGAAGCCCUUCACUGGCGGAACCUCGUUGUUCUCGACGUCGCCAUGCCUCGACUUCCGGCCCUGCGUACUCUCGAGCUGAAAAGCAUCCGCUGGGUCGGCCGCUCCUUCUUCAUGCUCCUCCGCAUCGCACGCCGGACACUCGAGACGAUCCACUUCUCCGACCUCGUCAUCGAAGAGCCGGGCGAUCCGUUCGAAGAUUGGGGCGACUUUGUCGACGUCCGUGACCCAGAAUUCGUCGACGACCCCGUUCCGCCUCUCGACGACCUUACCGUCGACGUCGUCCCCGCACCAAUACGCUUCCCCGCCCUCCGCCACCUCUUCCUCAAAGGCCAGACGCCUCCCUUGUUUGCGCCGCCCUCGAGCAGCGAAGUCGACUUCGAUCUCGACAUUGAGCACUUCCCGACGCCGCUCUUCAUCAUGCCGGCCCUCGAGACCUGCGAGCUCGUCGAGACGUCUUUCGACGAUGACCUGGAGUACGUAGGCGAGAUCAGUCAACUCGCCGCGCUCGGCGCCAACGCUCCGCAAGUCAAACAGCUCAUUCUCAAUAGCAUCAUCAUCGACGACUUGGCCGUCUGCGCCUGCCUCUCCAACAUGUGCGGCGCCCUCACGUUCCUCGACCUGUCCGAGUCGAGCAUCUCGGAUCAUGCCGUCCUCCAGCUACCAGACCUCGUGCCGAAACUCGAGAUCCUCGACGUGCGGCUCUGCACCGAAGUCUCGUGUCAAGGCGUCGCGCGGGUCGUCGAGGUCGUCCUGACGCGCACCGACUCGGGCUGGAGCAAGAUCAAGCAGGUCUUCCUCGAUCCGCCGACCGACUCGUGGGCCGACUGGCAGGCGUACUACUGGCUCGACUUUGUCGGCGUCCUCGGUCGCGACGAAUUCGACUUUGAAGGCGACGGGCCAGCCAAGCCGAAUGAGCGAGAUCAGUGGAAGAAGACUGGCAAGAGGGACCCGUUCUGGCAGGAGAGGCUGGCGUGGAAAGAGGAGCACGAGAUGAAGAUCAAGCUCUUCGCGCAGACUGCCGCGUACCGCGUCGCGAACGGCAGUGGGGGCGGGGCCACCAGCGCGACCGUCACAAGCCCUUACUUCCAUCACCGCGAUGCGCCCCCGCACCUCCCGCAGCCGAGCAUCCUUCGCCUUCCGCCCAUCCCUACCGUCUUGGCGUCGUCUGGAGCCUCGUCGGUCACGAACGCGCCUCCGCCUCAGCAAGCCACCUACGCCUUCCCUGCGCGCGCCGACUAUCAGCCGCCGCCCAUCGUCGUUCCCCAGUCCGUCUGGCGAAACGCGAUACCCCAGCCGCAUCCCGCUCAACCGCAACCGACCCAGCGGACGGCCGAAGAAGACGGCGACUACUCGUACCUCGACACCGACGGAGGCAUCGACGGCAUCGACCCUGCAGUUAUCGAAGCUCAGCGCGCCGAGCUCGCGCGGAUCUCGCAGCGACACGACAACCGCCUCGUGGCAGAAGCGGAGGCCUACUAUGCCGAGCGCCGUCGCCAGCAUGGGGCGGUCGAGGUCGUUGCGCCGCCCGCGGAAGAGGUCGUCGAGCUGCACCCGGCGCUAAUCGCAGCUCGUGACGGCGACGAGCUGGCGGAAGACGAGCAAGUCGACGAGGUCCUCCUCGACGCUGAGGAUGGGCCGCGACCAGAUCCUCGCGGCUUCGCGGGCGACUCCACGGAAGAAGACGAGGACGAGGACGAGGAAGUCGGCGCCACCGAACUCGUCGAAGCCGUCGAAGUGAUCCCUCGGGCGGAGUGA